AUGGGAAAUCUUUCAUUUUGUGUUUUAUGUCAAUUGUUGGGUGUAGUAAUACUGGUUGGCUCAAGGCUGUGUUUGGGCAAAUACGUCCCAGCCAAUUUUGUUUUCGGAGAUUCUUUGGUUGAUGCAGGCAACAACAACUACAUUUUCUCUCUUUCAAAGGCAAAUUUUGCCCCAAAUGGGAUUGACUUUGGGAUGCCGACAGGCAGAUUCACCAAUGGCAGAACCAUAGUCGACAUUGUAGGACAGGAAAUCGGUUUAAUUGGCUUUACUCCCCCAUAUUUGGCACCAACCACAACUGGAGCAGCAAUUUUACAGGGUGUGAACUAUGCUUCUGGUGGAGGGGGUAUCCUAAAUUAUACUGGAAAUGUUUUUGGUGGAAGGAUCAAUCUGGACGCGCAAAUAGAUAAUUUUGCAAAUACGAGACAAGAAAUAAUAUCAAAAUUAGGUGAAGUUGAAGUCAAAAAGCUAUUUGAAAAUGCUGUGUUUUCAGUAACAAUUGGGUCAAACGAUUUCAUCAACAAUUACCUCACACCCUACGUUUCAAAACUCGAACAAAAUCUAGUCCCCCCUGAAUCCUUCGUGGGAGCCAUGAUUUCAAGAUUUAGAAUUCAACUCACGAGGCUUUACGAUAUGGGUGCGAGAAAAAUAAUAGUGGCGAAUGUUGGGCCGAUUGGGUGCAUCCCAUUUCAAAGGGACAUAAAUCCAUCUGCAGCUGCUGGGGAUGGGUGUGCUGAUUUCCCCAACCAACUUGCCCAGCUAUUCAACGCCCAAUUGAGGGCUCUUCUCACUCAACUUGGUGCAAAUCUUCACCAAUCAAAUUUUAUUUAUGCAGAUGUAUAUCACAUUGUCAAUGAUAUUAUUCAAAACUAUUCCUCAUAUGGGUUUGCCAAUGCAAAUUCAGCAUGUUGCAGGGUUGGUGGUAGGUUUGGCGGCCUAAUCCCAUGUGGUCCAACAUCAAAAGUUUGUGAAGACAGAUCCAAAUAUGUGUUUUGGGAUCCUUUUCAUCCUACGGAUGCAGCCAAUUCUAUCAUAGCAAUGCGUUUGGUUGAUGGAGACUCUGCUGAUAUCUGGCCCAUCAAUAUACGACAGUUAAUGAGAUCAAAACCCUUGGAUUAAAGCAAUUCAGAUCUGUUUAUUUUCUCUUUGCUUAUCAACACUUGAAGGAAGUACACAAUUUAUAA